GGAGGCGCCAUUGAGAUGGCGGCGCCCGCUUCCUCGGCCGGGUUCGGGGGCAUGUCGUCGGACAACGCCAAGGGCCUGGCCCUCGCGGUGUCGUCCAGCGCCUUCAUCGGCGCCAGCUUCAUCGUCAAGAAGAUGGGACUCAGGAGGGCCGCUGACUCCGGCGUCCGCGCGGGUUAUGGAGGGUAUUCUUACUUAGUGGAGCCACUUUGGUGGAUAGGCAUGAUUUCUAUGAUUGUUGGUGAAAUCGCUAAUUUUGCUGCUUAUGCAUUUGCUCCCGCUAUUCUUGUCACUCCUCUUGGAGCACUUAGUAUAAUCAUCAGUGCUGCACUUGCUCAUUCCAUUCUACAGGAGAAACUGCACACCUUUGGUAUACUUGGGUGUGCUCUUUGUGUAGUUGGAUCAAUCACAAUUGCCCUCCAUGCUCCACAAGAGCGUGAUAUUGAUUCUGUGAGGGAAGUUUGGGAUCUUGCAACUGAGCCAGCUUUUCUUUCAUAUGCGGCUAUUGUAGUUCUGGCAGCCUUGGUGCUUAUAUAUUUUGUUGUCCCUCAACAUGGACAAACAAACAUCAUGGUGUACAUUGGAGUCUGCUCUCUUCUAGGAUCUCUCACCGUUAUGAGUGUAAAGGCUCUCGGAAUUGCACUGAAGCUGACAUUCUCUGGAGUGAACCAGUUAUACUAUCCUCAAACAUGGGCUUUUGCUCUAAUUGUUGCCACCUGCGUAAGCACACAGAUAAACUACCUAAACAAGGCACUGGACACGUUUAAUACAGCAGUUGUUUCACCAAUAUAUUAUGUGAUGUUUACUUCCCUAACAAUUAUAGCGAGUGUGAUAAUGUUCAAGGAUUGGGAUCGGCAGAAUCCAACACAAAUUGUCACAGAGAUGUGUGGUUUUGUGACCAUCCUUUCAGGGACAUUUCUCCUUCACAAGACGAAGGACAUGAAUGACAGUACUGGGCCAACUUUGUCCACACGGCGCCCAAAGCAUGCUAGCCAGAAUGCGUUUGCCAUAGAGAUUCUUCCACUAAAAUAUCAAGAUGUUGCGGAUGAUGAGACCUUACCAUUAUCACUUCCCAAGGCUGACAAUCGCUACCUAAUGGAAGAUCUUCCUCUUAGAUACAAAGACUUGAAUAUGGCCUGAUGAAUGUUCCUUUGCCCACAUGUGCUAGGAACCUCAUGGCAGAAUUUGCUGCCCACAAUUUCAGACAGGAUUGGUUGGCGAGGAACCGGACUUGGAGGUUUUACCUAAUCUUUGGCGUUGGAUAGAAUGAGGUUAUGGAAGUUAUAGAUAUUAUCCUUGCCCCUCCUUGGAUGAUGGUUUCAUCUAUUAUAAGGGCAAAUGAGGGAUGAUGUCAACUGCCAGGGCAAUUAAAUGAUACUUAUGGAAUACCAGUUCUGGAAAACCAGAUGAAGUGUACUUACAUACAGGUGGCAUCAUUUAGUAUACCAUUUUUUUUUCACUUUUAGACAGUCAUGCAGCUACACUGCAAUUUGAGCUUAUCUGAUUUUUUUAGGAACAUGCUACAUAGGAAAAUCAAAGCUUCAUUUUUAUUAUUUUACCUGUAUCUAUCUCAUAAAUUGCUGUCUAGUUAGGGACCAAUUGUUUUCUGUGUAAGUAUCGAUUCAUACUUUUUGGUAGACAAUUGAUGAACCUAAUUCUCAUGCUUUAUCGUAAAUAUUUGUUGAGAA